AAAAGGCGACUCGCAUUUCAAACCACUGCGGGGGAGAUUUAGGUGAAUUUGCGCCGUGUCCGGCUGGUCGCGGCCUGUUUGGUCGUUUAAUAUGUGCGCGCGUGGAUAACAUUUCGAACCGAGGCAGCAGAAAAAAAGGAAAGAAAAUGGCGGGAGAGGGGCAGCUCAAGCAAAGCACAUCUCCAGGCCGCCAUUCUGCUACUGCUUCUCCUUCUAUUUCUCUUCCAGGGAAGAACGAUGAUCCCAAACAAAAAUGCUGGAGGAAGCAAGCGGACGAGAAUCUCAAGAGGCUUCACUCUCUUCUCUUCGGGGCCGAUCUUGCCCUUCAGAGAGAUGAUUUUGAGUCGGCGUACAUCCUCGGGCUUCGCCUCAUCGGCUUUCUUGACUCUCACUGCCACUCCGAUGUCGAUGAAGCCUAUAUACGUCCAAUUCGCCGUGAAGUCCUGGGGAAAAUCGACACCGCUCGUCGAUCCCUCAUUCCAGACUCCGAUCGCCAAGCGUUUGAACAAGCAAAAAAGCCUCCAGGGUGUAUUUUUGGCAAAACGGGAGAUAUUGACAUUGGGAAAAUUAAGAAGUCGAAGUACUUCCAAGCUCUUCUCAAGGAGUCCAAAGAAAAGGUGGAGAAUCGAUCGGUUAUACUGAAUAUAUCAAGACAAAGCAUUCAGAAAAUGCCAAAAGAAUUCUUGCAAACGAAGCUAACAUCAAUGUACGGGAGAAGUACAUUGAGGUCUAAUAGUAGUUCCAAAUUGAGUUGGAAACAUAACAGAUCUGAGGACUGCAUGAUUGUUGAAAAGCCGCUGUCACAUGGUGGCCACAGUAAGGCUCAUCCUGUCUCUUCUUUCUUGAAAACUGAAGGCGAAGAAAGAACUUCCGGAAUCCUGGGAACAAAGCGUGUGCACUCGGAAACUGAUAGCCCCCAAGUUAGUAACGUGAAGUCGCCUUCAAGCAAUGAGGAACCUAAGUCUGAUGCCUGUGGCAGUGGGUUUGUUACUGCCAGAGCUAAAUUGGAAAUGGAAACAAGGCAGAAGCGAGAAGGGAUUGGCUCACCCACUGCAUCUGUCUCCCAAUAUGAUAACAAUUCUUUGAAUCGGGUAUAUAGUGGGAGAUCAUAUGGUGUUUCUCGACGUGGCCUACGUGGAAAUUUUGUACCUCCUAUUAAAUCCAAUGGAACUGGCGAUGGAAAUAUGACAUCACGGAUUUCUGGAAAGUGUGAUGAUACUUUGGAUGACUCAACAAAGAGAUGUUUGGAAGGGCUAUGUGGUCCUGACGGAGAGCUUCCUGAGAAAUUGAGGAAUAUAGAGCCUCGCCUUAUCGAACAUGUUAGCAAUGAGAUUAUGGAUAGAGAUCCUAAUGUCCGGUGGAAUGACAUUGCGGGAUUGGAGCAUGCCAAGAAAUGUGUCACUGAGAUGGUCAUAUGGCCUCUGCUACGUCCUGAUAUAUUUAAGGGAUGCCGCUCUCCUGGGAGAGGAUUACUUUUAUUUGGUCCACCAGGAACUGGUAAAACAAUGAUAGGAAAAGCCAUAGCAGGGGAGGCAAAGGCAACCUUCUUUUACAUAUCGGCGAGUUCAUUGACAAGCAAGUGGAUUGGAGAAGGUGAAAAACUAGUGAGAGCCCUCUUUGGAGUUGCCAGUUGUCGCCAGCCGGCUGUUAUAUUUGUCGAUGAAAUAGAUUCUCUCCUAUCUCAGCGUAAGUCAGAGGGUGAACAUGAAUCAAGCAGAAGGCUAAAGACACAAUUUCUCAUUGAAAUGGAAGGUUUUGAUAGCGGUAACGAGCAGGUUCUUCUUAUAGGGGCCACCAACCGUCCCCAGGAGCUUGAUGAAGCAGCACGAAGGCGUCUUACCAAAAGACUUUAUAUUCCCCUGCCAUCCUCAGAGGCAAGAGCCUGGAUUGUACGUAACCUCCUAGAGAAGGACGGACUAUUCAAGCUGUCAAAGGAAGAGAUUGAUACCAUAUGCAACAAAACGGAAGGUUAUUCGGGAUCAGACAUGAAAAAUUUAGUGAAGGAUGCUUCAAUGGGUCCCCUAAGAGAGGCUUUAAAGAAGGGCAUUGAAAUUACUAAGUUGAACAAGGAAGAUAUGCGGCCAGUAGCUCUUCAGGACUUUAUGGAUGCCCUAAAAGAGGUGAGGCGAUCUGUUUCCUCAAAUGAGCUCGGCGCUUACGAAAAAUGGAACGAACAAUUUGGAAGCCUAUCAUCGGAGAAGCUCGAGUCAUCUGGAUGAACGCAGCGCAAAUAUUAUUUACAUACCCAUUACAAACGGUAGCAACAUUAACGUCAAGGAGACCUACUCUUCCCCUGAUACCUGAUACAUGUGGUAGCGGUACGUAUCGUGACGUGUACUUUUUGCAGUGGAUAAUUAGGGUCUUGUUCAACUCAUCAAAA